GUAUCAUAAUUUUGAAAUUUAUUAACUUUUGAAAAUAUGAUUAAUAUAACUAAAAGUACGACAAGGUAAUUGACACGUGUAACCAGGUGUCUCUCAUUAAUCCAUUCACUUGCAUGCAAUACAAAGUAAGCUCUCUCUUAUUAUAUAAAGAAAGAAAAAACACGUAGAAGUGUUUUUGUUUCCAUAUUUUCUGGGGCUGUUCAUUCAAAGAAAAUGUCAAGAAACUUAAUCCUAAAAGAAGUGGUAAAAAAAUUGAGGCAUUUGAGAAAGAGGGAGUACUCUAGGUUCCCUAUACUUGAAGGGCACCCAAUUGCACAGCAACAUGGAAAAGAAGCAGUGGAAUCUGUUGAAAUUCUCAAGAAAUUAAGUGAUAAAGAUAAGAAGAUGAAGGAAUUUAGGAUUUAUAGGUGGAACCCUCAUAAACCUAACCAAAAACCUUUUCUUCAAUCCUUCUUUGUUCAUCUUCCUUCCUGUGGCCCCAUGGUUCUGGAUGCAUUGCAAAAGAUAAAGGGGGAGGAAGAUUCGAGUUUGAGUUACAGAAGGUCAUGUAGAGAAGGGAUAUGCGGAUCAUGCUCAAUGAACAUAAAUGGUGUUAACACCGUCGCAUGUCUCAAGCCUAUAGAUACAGACACUAGCAAGCCAACUACCAUCACUCCUCUCCCUCACAUGUUUGUUAUCAAAGAUUUGGUGGUUGAUCUCACUAAUUUUUACCAGCAGUACAAGUCUGUAGAGCCAUGGUUGAAGACACGAAAACCGCCCCCAGACGGGAGAGAAUACAGGCAAACACCAGAGGAUAGGAAGAAGCUUGAUGGUUUAUACGAAUGCAUAUUAUGUGCUUGUUGCACUACUUCUUGUCCUUCUUACUGGUGGAAUCCCGAGGAGUUCCUUGGACCAGCAGCCUUGCUCCAUGCCUAUCGAUGGAUCUCGGACAGUCGAGAUGAAUUUGCAAAUGAGAGAUUGCAAGCAAUAACAGAGGAUCAAGGGCGUUUGUACCGGUGCAGGACCAUAAAAAAUUGCACAGCAUGUUGCCCGAAGAGCCUUAAUCCUGCUAAUGCCAUAAACAAGAUGAAGACUAUUCACUUAACUGAGAAGCCAAUCCAGGAUCUUGAAGCUGAGCCCGAGCCUCGUUUUGGGCAAGCCUAAUGUCUAGUGUGUUCCUAGCAAACAUAUUGUAGCACAUACGAGUCCAUUAUAGCACGUACCAAAUAUGUUGCAUUUUAAAAUUGUUAUACGUACAAUUUAAUUUAAAGUUGAGAGAUAUUU